AUGUCGCAAGACGGACGAUCGCCCCUCUGGGGCUACCGCUGCGCGGUCCUCUCCGUCACCCUCCUCGUCGCGCUCAUCGCCGCGUACAUCCUCGCGUCGCGCGUCAACGACGCCGAGGCGCGGGGCGACCUCGCGCGCCGCGCUCGGCACCGGCACCGCAAGCUCCUCUUCUCUCCCGUCUACCCGGUCUCGCCCUUCUUCCUCCCGUGGCGCCCGCGCGACCCCGAGUCGUGGCGGUCGUGGCAACCCCGCGUGCUCGAGUUCGACGUCAACGGCGGCGACGUCGUCGGCGAGUUGACCGCGCGAAGAUCGGGAUACACCGGCGUGGCGGUCACCGCGGACGCUUCCUUGAACGUCGCGGAUAAAAUUCGCGACGAACGCUUCCCGAACGAGGGCGGGCACGAGUACGCGUACGAGUACUACGACGACGAGACCGGCGAGUGGGUGCCCGCGGAGGAUGAGGAUGAUGAUGAUGAUGAUGAACAGGAGGUUAAGAUGGUGGAGGAGACGCAGGGCGCCGCCGCGAGGUUCGGUGAAGCCGGCGCGGGUUUCGGCGCGGCGGGGACGGAGGGACGAGCGUCGGGGCUGGAGAACCUGGGCGCGGGCCUCGGCGCCGUCGGUGGGACCCUCGGCCGAUGA